UUACCAUCCCCGAAAUCAAUAAACCGAUUGGAAUGAUAGAAGGUACUCUUCAUGCACGUGAAUGGAUCUCAGCAGCUACUGUCACUUGGUUAUCAAGGAGUUUUUAACUAGCACCGGAUCCUCAAAUCAGGGCUUUGGCAGAAAACUUUGAAUGGCAUGUCUUUCCAGUUGUGAAUCCAGAUGGAUAUGUUUACACUUUUACUGAUAAUCGUAUGUGGAGGAAGAACCGGAGUCCAGCUAGCGCCAAGACUUGCGCCGAAGGAGUGGACGAUGACAUGAGCCACGGUGUGGACCUCAACAGGAACUUUGAUUUUGAAUGGGCCACUGUUGGUGCCUCGAAUGAUUCAUGCACUAACACAUACGCGGGCCCAAGUCCCGAUCCUAUGAGCGGUUCAAGCUUUGACUGGGUAAAUAACACGAAUGUACCUAUCUCAUAUCUUAUCGAACUUCGCGACCUUGGUGAGUACGGUUUUCUGUUGCCCCCAGAACAGAUUAUACCUACAGCCUUGGAAAACAUGGAUGGAUUAAUUGAGAUGGACAGGACUGCAAGAUCCUGCGCUAUUACGCUCACACAUCUGGAGCUAGCAGAGUACUAGUUUCUGCUGUUGUAGUUGCCUUUGGAAUUGUCAUGUCUUUGUUAGGUUAAUUAAUAUUUUGAAUGUUGUAAAUUGUAAUAAUAUUUAUUGGUGUGAAAA